AUGGCUGCCGCAGCAAGCAAAAAGAGCAAAAAAGCGAAAUGGAUCAAAGCCAGUAUUACCGACAUUAUUGCAGAACCAACCACAAUUCCUACGGCCAACACCUGGGCCGAUUCCGUAGAAGAAGAACCUGAAACAUUUGGCUAUGCGUCAAGAUCGCGCGCCGUGGUUACCUUGCCGUCCGCGUCGCGGGCUGCAUGCGGUGGACUUGCAGUGGACGAUGAGUCCAUCCCUCGGAGACCUCCUUACACAGCACACAUUUCUAACCUACCAUAUGAUGUUGAUGAAAGUGCUAUUUUUGAAUUAUUUACAGGGCUCAAGAUUACCAACUUGAGCCUUCCACGUGAAGGGAGCCGCCUCAAAGGGUUUGGUUGUGUUGACUUCGAAGAGAGAGAAGGCCUCAUCAAUGCCAUGAACAUGCCUGAUCUUACAAUAAAUGGUAGGCGGAUAAGAAUAGAAGUAUCUACUCAGGAUAACGACCGCCGCAUGGGAAGGGGGAACCGUUCCGAUCGAGAGAGGGAUUAUGAUCCUGAACGCACAAUGGGAGAUUGGCGGUCGGGGCCGCGCGCUAUGCCGGACUCGUCACGACCGCGUAACCCUGACCGGGACAGGGAACGUGACAGGGAACGCGAUCGAGAAAGGGACUCAAGCGCAGAUAAUCGGCCUGGCGGUUGGCGCGAUGGUGACCGUCCCGCGCCUCCCGAACCUGCAAGAACGCCUUAUGGAGGACGAGACUCAUUCGGUCGUGAUAGAGGAUUCGGCGGAGAAAGCAGAGAACGUGGGUUUGGUGGUCGAGACAGCGAACGUAGUGGCUAUGGUGGUCGCGACGGAUUUCGAACAGCUGAUCGCGAGGGUAGUAGUGGAUUUGGUCGAAGAGAAGACAGCAGAGGUUUUGGCGGCAGAGGCUUCGGUGACCGGGACCGUGAUCGUGAUCCACCGCCGAGAGAAGAUUCGAAGCCUCGCGAGCGGCCGAAGCUCAACCUGCUGCCACGCACGGUGCCGCGCGAGCCCGAGGCGGCCGCGGCCGACGACAAGCUGUCCGACAAGCAGCCGCCCAAGCCCGUCUCCGCCGAGAAGGUGUUCGGGGCCGCCAAGCCCGUUGACACCGCAGCUAAGGAACGUGAAAUAGAGGAACGACUGCGUAAGCAGGAAGAAGAAUCCAGGCGCGCAGUUGAUGAAAAAGAGCGUUGGGGCAGAAGGAAUGACCAUUCUGGUGAUCGUCGAGCACCUGCAUCUAAUAAACGUGACGAUCGCGGUAGAGACUCGCGAAAUUAUAACAGAGAUCGACGGGACUACUCGAGGGACGACAAGGAUAGACGCGAUGACAAAGACCGUCGCGACCGAGACGACCGAGACUCGCGCCACGAUCGCGAUCGCCGUGAUUAUAAUAAAGACGACCGCGACCGCCGCGACCACUCAGGUGACUGGCGCCCUCGCCGUGACCAAUCGCCCGAGAAGCGCGAUCGCCGUGACCAUUCGCCAGAAAAGCGCGAUCGCCGUGACCAUUCGCCCGAAAAGCGCGAUCGUCGUGACCAUUCGCCCGAAAAGCGCGAUCGCCGCAAUCGCUCACUAGAAAGGCGAGAUCGUCGCGAUUACUCGGCCGAACGUAGCGAGCGACGCGAGCAUUCAGGACAGCGGCGAGGUUCCCGCGACGACAGAGGCUACAGGGACGGGUCGCGGGACCGCCGCCAACAGUCGCGGGAUGGCUCCCGCGAGCGCGACGAGCGCCUGGCACCCCGUGACGUGCCGCCCCGCGACUUGCCACCCCGGGACCAGCCGCCCCACGACGAGCGCAACGGCCGCGCGCCUCCUAGCCGCAGCCGCGACCGAAACGACGAGGACUACGAUGAAAAACCCAUGCCUAAGUUGAAAGAACAGGAGAAACCGAAUUUUGUUGCUUCAAACAAAUUUAGUUUUUUGGAGAGCGCCGACGACGGCGGGUCCGAUUAA